GUACUGCUGCAGCUGAUUCGUCCACGGCCACCUCCCGGUGACAGUUUGUUCACCAUCAAGGGACAAGAGCAGCUGAUGGUGAUAGCCAGUGUUGUUAAGAGUUAAGAAGCAAGAAGGACUUGGGAAGCUAUGGGCAGGGCACGCAGGCCCCCACCUGGGCAGCACAGGCAUUGUGAAGGAUGCAUCAACCGCCACUGCCAUGUUCCUGUGGAACCCAGCAUCUCCUGCCUGGUGAUCAGUUGCCGCCUGCUCUGCGGUGCCACCUUCCACAUGUGCAAAGAGGCAGAGCAUGAACUCCUCUGCCCUUUAGAGCAGGUUCCAUGUCUCAAUUCUGAAUAUGGCUGCCCUCUCUCCAUGUCCCGCCACAAGCUGGCCAAGCAUCUGCAGGUAUGCCCUGCUAGUGUGGUCUGCUGCUCCAUGGAAUGGAACCGCUGGCCAAACGUAGACUCAGAAACCAUCCUUCAUGAGAACAUCAUGAAAGAAAACCCCAGUGAGGAGUGUUUGGACACAGCCCUGGCCCUUCAGGACCAGAAAGUUCUCUUCAGAUCGUUGAAGAUGGUAGAACUUUUCCCAGAAACUAGAGACACCACUGAGGAGGAGCCAAUGAAUGAUGAAGCGAGUUGGGAAGAGCUGGGAGGUGCAGUGGGGGGAACUGAUAUACGUUCAGCACCACAUGGCUGUCUGUCAGUAAUGAAUGGGGAAAUGAUGGAGUUAAGUCAAGAAGAACGGGAGAUGUUAGCCAAAACUAAAGAAGGAAUGGAUCUGGUUAAGUUUGGCAAGUGGGAAAAUAUGUUCAGCAAAGAGCAUGCCGCCUCUGCUUUAACAGGCUCAGCAGGGAUGUGUGAGAACAAGAGCAGGAAUGGAGGAGGGAAAGAACGGAGUUCUGGUGGUAAUGACCCCGCUGACACAAAGGAUGCUUCAACACCACAGGAAAUCCAGAAGCAGCAGGAAUUUGCUGCAGCCAUGGAAAUGACAGGUUUUGCCCCCUGGCAGGAUGGUGUUCUGGAAAGACUGAAAACAGCUGUAGACCCAAAAGACUAUAACAUGUACCUAGUACACAAUGGUCGAAUGCUCAUCCACUUCGGGCAGAUGCCUGCUUGUACCCCUAAGGAGAGAGACUUUGUGUAUGGCAACCUCGAGGCUCAAGAAGUUAAGACCGUCUACACCUUCAAAGUACCCGUGAGCUACUGUGGAAAACGAGCCCGCCUUGGAGAUGCCAUGCUGAGAUGUAGGCCAAGUGAGCACAAGGCCGUGGAUACUUCAGAUUUAGGGGUCACCGUGGAGGACCUGCCAAAAUCAGAUCUCAUCAAGACCACCCUCCAAUGUGCUUUGGAAAGAGAACUCAAAGGCCACGUCAUUUCUGAGUCCAGAAGCAUUGAUGGGUUGUUUAUGGAUUUUGCCACCCAGACGUACAACUUUGAAGCAGAACAGUUUUCCUCAGGGACCGUGCUGGCUGACCUUCUGAACACUGGCAACCCCGGGGGACUCCACGUGGAGCUCCACAGUGAGUGUGUGACCAGGAGACACAACAAGAGCAGCUCUGCCUUUACGUUUACCUGCAAUAAGUUCUUCCGGAGGGAUGAAUUUCCCCUGCACUUCAAGAAUGUCCAUACAGACAUUCAGUCAUGUCUCAACGGCUGGUUCCAACAUCGAUGCCCCCUAGCCUACUUAGGGUGUACGUUUGUUCAAAACCAUUUCCGUCCUCCAGGGCCAAAGGCAAAAGUGAUCUACAGUCAGGAGCUCAAGACCUUUGCCAUCAAGCCAGAGGUUGCCCCUGAGCUUGAUGAGGGAAGAAAUAACCAUCUCUCAGGCCAUGGAGGAAAAAGCCAGAAUUCUUUAACAAGCUUGCCCCUGGAGGUUUUGCAAUACAUCGCUGGGUUCUUGGACAGCAUCAGCCUGUCCCAGCUCUCCCAGGUUUCUGUGCUGAUGAAGAAUAUCUGUGCCACUCUGUUACAAGAGAGAGGGAUGGUCCUCUUACAAUGGAAGAAGAAGAGGUAUUCCCAUGGAGGCACUUCCUGGAAAGUCCACAGACAGAUCUGGCAGUUCAGCAGCCUUUUCUCCAAAAUCAAGAGCUGGGAGUUUAAUGAAGUCACCUCCAUGUCUGAGCAUCUGAAGGCCUGUCCUUUCAACAUCAUAGAGCACAAGACUGACCCGAUCCGUUUGACCAGCAUGUGUCAACCCCAUGAGCAGGCUCGGGAGAGCUUAGUGUCCACCUUUAGGGCCAGACCACGAGGAAGACACACCUAAAGAGCCACAGGUCACCACUCCUGAAUUUCUUCUUGGAGUUAUUGAAAAAGUAGGACAGUGUGGUCUGAGAGCUCCUCUGUCAACCAGAGAUCUGCUUCUCUAGUGUAUUGAAAUAUGCAAUGUCCUUCAAACCCACAAGUUGAACUGGGCCUAAAAAUUUUCUAAGCUAUGGCUUAUAGUGUGAUAUGACAUUGAUGGCUUCCCUUCCUUUCCCUCCCUUCUCUUCCUCAUCAUUCCUCUCUUCUCCUUGCCUUCUCUACCCUUUCUUCUCCACUCCUCCUUUUCUCCCCCCCCCCCUUUUAAUAGAUCGGUCUAAGGAGAAAAUAAGUAACUUGAGGCCAUUUGAAAA